UCGGCCCGCCCUCCUCCUGUCUGUCCGGGGGUUUGGAGGCGAGGGCCCGCUGUCUGUGAGCCUUCGCUUCGGUGAAAUCGAGGGAGGAGAGCGGUGAACAUGACGUCCAACAUUAGGUACAAAAGCCGGAUCCCGGUAAAGACAGAGGACAGCACGGAGGAGAAACAGUACGUAGGCUUUGCAACUCUGCCAAACCAGGUCCACCGGAAGUCUGUGAAGAAAGGCUUCGACUUCACGCUGAUGGUGGCAGGAGAGUCUGGUAUGGGAAAAUCCACUCUUGUUAACAGCCUGUUCCUCACAGACCUCUACAAAGACCGGAAACUACUGAAUGCUGAGGAGCGCAUUAAUCAAACCGUGGAGAUCAUCAAACACACUGUAGACAUCGAGGAGAAAGGAGUGAAGCUCAAGCUGACCAUUGUGGACACGCCAGGGUUUGGAGAUGCUGUCAACAACAACGAGUGCUGGAAGCCGAUCACAGACUACAUAGAUCAGCAGUUUGAGCAAUACUUCAGGGAUGAGAGUGGGUUGAACAGAAAGAACAUCCAGGACAACAGGGUCCACUGCUGCCUCUACUUCAUCCCUCCAUUUGGGCAUGGGCUUCGUCCGGUGGACGUUGAGUUCAUGAAGGCUCUACAUGAAUAAGUGAACAUUAUUCCACUCAUCGCAAAAGCCGACUGCCUCACACCCGAGAUAAAGAAGCUCAAAGACAGAAUAAGAGAGGAAAUAGACAAGUUUGGGAUCAAAGUGUACCAGUUCCCUGAAUGCGACUCUGACGAGGAUGAGGAGUUUAAACAGCUGCACAAAGAGCUGAAGGAGUGCACCCCGUUCGCUGUGAUUGGCAGUAAUACAGUGGUGGAGGCCCGAGGACAGAGAGUGAGGGGAAGACUGUACCCUUGGGGGAUUGUUGAAGUGGAAAACCAGUCACACUGCGACUUUGUGAAACUGAGGAACAUGCUGAUUCGUUCACACAUGCACGACCUCAAAGACGUAACCUGUGACGUCCACUAUGAAAACUACCGAGCGCAGUGCAUACAGGAGAUGACCAGUAAACUGGCUCAGGACAACCGUAUGGAGAGCCCGAUCCCCAUCCUGCCGCUGUCCACUCCGGAUGUGGACACUGAGAAACUGAUCAAAAUGAAAGACGAGGAGCUGAAGAGGAUGCAGGAGAUGCUGAACAAGAUGCAGCAACAGAUGCACGACAAAGAGCAGUGAUGGCUCCCAGAUUAGAGCUGCGCUGUGCUGCAGCGCCACCUGCUGUUUCUCUCCCUAACGACAGUGAGACCUGCAGACUUUGAAUAUGGAUAUCAAGCGUUAGCGGCAACUCUGGCUGUACAUUUAUCUUCAGUUUGGUGCUUUGUAUAGUUUGUUUGCCUGGAGGGUGUUUUUUUUUUUUUCCUUGCUCUGAAACUAUCCAUUUUCCCAUUUUGAGCCCCUCCCUGUGGUCUUAUAUAAGAUAUAAACACAUAAUUUAAUAACUCAGUGUAUCUAAUUUAUAAAUGCAGUGCUAAACUUUUUGGAUUUGAUGUCAGGGUGUUUGCUGCGAGAUGUUUUGUAAUGAAAUGUAAGUUCUUGGUGAUGUUUAGAUUUUGAACAUAGAUAUUGUUUUCUAUUAUGCGGUAGCGUGUUUUGGUGUGUGAAUGAUCAUGAAAUUUCCUUUAAUAUCACCAGGUAACCUUCCAUAAAACUCCUUAAAAAAGGUAUCACAGUGACUUUUCUUUUACUAAAAUCAGAUUUUAGCUCUUAUUCAUUUGCUCAAAAAUACCUUUAGUUGGCGUUUUUUUUUGCGUACAGCUCGUGAUAGUCUUCUGCUCCUCUGUGCUGGCUGAGCUGCUAAUGCACCUUUAGCCAGUGGCAACUAUGAAUGGUGAGUCUCUGACAUAAUGAGAAUUUGUGCAGUACAGGAUGCAUGUGCAAGCAUGUUGUCAUUACUUAUAUCCUCUAAAUGCUGUGGGCCUAUUUUUACCGCUUUGUAGCCGAUGCCCUGUUGUUGAAUUUAACGCAUCAGGACGCUUUGUUACCACUGCAGGAUCAGUAAUGAGGAGCAAAUACUGUGCGCUUCUGUUUUAAAUAUGUCUCCUUGGAAGUGAAUUAUCCCACCAAAGUUGUGCGUCCCCUGUGUGAGAGAGAGAGUGAGUGUGUGUGUGUGUGUGUGUGUGUGUGUGUGUGUGUGUGUGUGUGUGUGUGUGUGUGUGUAGACUCUGAUGCUGAUGAGCUGUACAUAUUUUUGCCUGAAGGCGGUGAGCUCAGUCUGUGUCCCGUUUUCAAAGUUGUGACAAAUAAACUCCUGUU